AUGGACGGAACGACAUCCGCUGUAAAUUAUCUUUCCUCGCCAACGUCUAACGAUUAUUACGAUCAUCAUCAUCGUUCGUUACAGCCUAUACAAUCGUUAGGCAACUUACCAUACUACCAACCAGACGCUGUUGAAUACGUUUACGAGCAUCACAAAUCUGAAUUUCAACCGCAAUCUCCUUAUGUAUACCAUACUAUACAACAACAACAACAUCAUCAACAACAAGCGUUUGGAUAUGGUUCAUCUAUGUACGAUGUUCAUUCUACACAACCAUAUAUGCAAGAAUCUAAUCUUCUUGUUUUACAAAGUCAACCUCGAUUACCAUCUAAUUAUGAUUUUUCUUCUUCUUCUUCUUCUCAAACAAUGCCAACACCUAUACCAUUGCCAACAAGAAUUUUAAAAAGAGAAGUCGAAGAUGUACCUACACCUUCAGGGAAAAAUCAUGUAUAUGAUUGGAUGAAAGGAGAUCAAAUUCGACGAAAACAUCGACAAGUUUAUACACGUGCUCAGACAUUUGAACUAGAAAAAGAAUAUCGUUUUAGUCAAUAUUUAACGCGUAAACGUCGAUCAGAAAUUGCGUCUGGUGUUCAACUUAGUGAUCGACAAGUUAAAAUCUGGUUUCAAAACAGAAGAAUGAAAGAAAAAAGAGAAAAUCUAAAAUUUAAUCCGGCUGCAUCGUCAUCGAAACAACGUAAUGAUUAUUCAUAA